GUAUAGUGAGUGGCAGCGCUGCGGUGUGUUUUUUUGUAAGGGUAUACAGCUUGGUGUGUUGCUGAAGCUCUCGGCUGAUCUCUGUGAUAUUGAGACUCGCACCGCGCCCCUCCCUCUCAGCCAAUAACAUCUAAGGUCAUGUCAACUUUCUGUUUAUUCUCCUUCUUCACUCACACCCUCCUUGGACCCCCCCAAGGCAGAUUAGGAACCUCCCAGCGUGACCGUUUCGCUCUCUUUCUCUCUCUGUGACUCACUUUACCAAACCGAACCGAACCGAACCGAACCGAACCCGGCGAGACCCGAGACUUAUUAAACAGCGUCUCCCGACCCGCCCAAGAACACUGGCUCGAACUCGCUGGUUUUAUAUUCGCGUGGUUUAAUCUGAUUUAUGUAUUUAAGUAACUGAUCUUGGACUACCCCUUACAGUUCUGCGUGUUACCACCAGCCCAGGGCUAUGCCGGCAAGCUUUCAACAAAUCGGAGGCGAGAGGGUGACGGCGACGCUGGUUCUGAGUGUUUUCUCAGCAGUUUUGGGGUCCCUGCAGUUUGGGUACAACAUCGGAGUCAUCAAUGCACCCCAGAAGAUUAUCGAGCAGAGCUACAACGCCACGUGGAUGCACCGCCAUGGCUCCCUCAUCCCCCCCGCCACCCUCACCACGCUGUGGUCCCUCUCCGUGGCUAUCUUCUCCAUCGGGGGCAUGCUGUCUUCCUUCAGCGUGGGCGUGGUCUCAGAGUGGCUCGGCAGGAAGAAAGCCAUGUUGAUAAAUAACCUCUUGGCUUUCAUUGGUGGAGCCCUGAUGGGCAUGUCCAAGCUGGGCCAAUCAUACGAGAUGAUGAUCCUGGGACGCUUUUUCAUUGGCGCAUACUCAGGUCUGGCCUCUGGCUUGGUGCCUAUGUAUGUAGGGGAGAUUUCUCCAACCAGUUUGAGAGGGGCACUGGGAACGCUGCACCAGUUAGCCCUUGUGACGGGAAUACUGGUGGCGCAGAUCUUCGGGCUGCCAGGGAUUCUGGGUACGGAGGAGCUGUGGCCGGUCCUCGUCGGGCUGACCGUUCUCCCCACCGUCCUGCAGAUGGUGCUGCUGCCGUUCUGUCCUGAGAGCCCGCGCUACCUCUACAUCAUCCGCGGAGAGGAGCAGCACGCCAAGAGAUGUCUGAAGAGGCUGACCGGCAGGCAGGAUGUCAGCGAGUUCCUGUUGGAGAUGAAGGAAGAGAAGAGGAGGAUGGAGAUGGAGAGGAAGGUGUCCAUCGCUGAGCUCUUCCGCUCCCCGGCCUACCGGCAGCCCAUCAUCAUCGCCAUGGUGCUGCAGCUCUCCCAGCAGCUCUCCGGGGUCAACGCCAUCUUUUACUACUCCACCAGUAUCUUUGAGAAGGCGGGCGUGCAGAGUCCAGUCUACGCUACAAUUGGGGCUGGGGCUGUAAACACAGCGUUCACUGUGGUGUCGCUGUUCCUGGUGGAGAGGACGGGCCGGAGGACGCUACACAUGCUGGGAUUGGCUGGAAUGGCCGCCUGUGCCGUCAUCAUGACCGUCGCCCUCGCCCUAUUGGAGCGCGUUCCGUGGAUGAGCUACAUCAGCAUGCUGGCGAUCUUUGGCUUCGUGGCGUUCUUUGAGGUGGGUCCCGGACCGAUCCCGUGGUUCAUCGUGGCGGAGCUGUUCAGCCAGGGUCCCAGACCAGCGGCCAUGGCCGUCGCCGGCCUCUCCAACUGGACGGCCAACUUCAUCAUCGGCAUGGGCUUCCAGUACAUCGCAGAGGCGUGCGGUCCCUAUGUCUUCCUCAUCUUCGCAGCUCUGCUCCUCUUCUUCCUCAUCUUCACCUACUUAAAGGUUCCCGAGACGCGCGGCAAAACCUUCGACCAGAUCUCCUCGGGAUUCCGCAGCCGGCCAGCCUCCCUCCUCGACAUGGAGGAAAAAGCCAGCACUGAGAUGGAGUGCCUGGGGGAGGGGAGCCUGUCAUAGGGGCUGAGACACGCUUCCCUCCCCCCUCUCUCUCUCUACUCCCCCAGCACUGAGGUGGAGUGCCUGGGGGAGGGGAGGCUAUCAUAGCGCCUGAGACACCACCUCCCUCCCUCUCUCUCUCUCUCUCACCCUCCUCUCUCUACUCCCUCAGCACUGAGAUGGAGUGCCUGGGAGAGGGGAGGCUAUCAUAGGGGCUGAGACACGCCUCCUCGCUCUCUCUCUCUCUACUCCCCCAGCACUGAGAUUGAGUGACUGCGAGAGGGGAGGCUAUCAUAGGGGCUGAGACACGCCUCCUCGCUCUCUCUCUCUCUACUCCCCCAGCACUGAGAUUGAGUGACUGCGAGAGGGGAGGCUAUCAUAGGGGCUGAGACACGCCUCCUCGCUCUCUCUCUCUCUACUCCCCCAGCACUGAGAUUGAGUGACUGCGAGAGGGGAGGCUAUCAUAGGGGCUGAGACACGCCUCCUCGCUCUCUCUCUCUCUACUCCCCCAGCACUGAGGUGGAGUGACUGCGAGAGGGGAGGCUAUCAUAGCGCCUGAGACACCAC